CGAAACCACACCAACAGAACGCUCAUUCCGCAAUUCGCCUUCAAGCGCACAAAUCACUUGUAUAGAUACCACAACACAACCAUGGUUGCCUUCCGCCACCCAGUCGUAGCUGUCUCGCAUGGACCCGGUCCUCUGUGGCUGCUGUCUUCAGGCUUCGCCGGUAUGAGCAAGAGCAGCGUACCCGCCCGCACAUUGACCACCACCUUCGACAAGCUCUACCCGAAGGGCACGAAUCUCCCCAAGCGUAUCCUGUAUGUGUCCGCUCACUGGGAGUCCGAGAGCAGUGGCUUCGAGAUCUCCGCCGCCUCCAAGCCCGACAUGAUUUUCGACUACUACGGCUUCCCCGACGAGGCCUACGAAGUCAAGUAUCCAGCCAAGGGCGACCCGGACUUCGCUCAAAAAGUAAAGGAGCAGCUCGAGAAGAACAACAUCAAGGCCAAGCUCGUGGACCGCGGCUUUGACCACGGCGUGUUCGUGCCGAUGCUUCUUAUCCGCCCGCAGGCAGACAUCCCGAUCGUCACGAUGUCCAUCAACUCACGUUUGGGCAACAAGGCACAUUUCGAGUUGGGGAAGGCUAUUGCGCCCUUCCGUGAUGAGGAUACUUUGAUCUUGUGCUCUGGUCAAGCCACACACAACAUGCGUGCCAGCCGCGACCCCAACAACCCGCUUGAGGACUGGGCUGCUGCGUUCCAGGGCUGGCUCGACAACACCUUCACAGCGGAGUCCAAGAUGAGCUACAGCCAGCGUGGCGAUCAAAUUAUCAACUGGCCUAACGCCCCUGCUGCAAGACUCGCGCACCCGACGCCCGACCACUUCGUCCCGUUUGUCGUCGGUGCUGGCGCUGGCAUGGAGGAGAGCAAACCAGAGGCGGAGAAGCUGUUCAGCGGAUGGGGAAUGGGUCACAUGUCGUUUGCCACCUACGCUUGGGGUGUCGAGCACUAAAGUAGCUACGACUCAUGUAAUCUUAGCUAGAUAUACGAAUAGCAAAUCAAAACAAAAUGAACAUUGUCUGGCCUAGUGCUUCAGCAAUGAAAAUACGCAGUAGAUGCUUUGAUGCCACGCGAAUACGACUGAAACGUUGUUGUAAUCUAUUGCAAUGAUCAUCACAUCGCAGCUUGCUUUCGUGUGGUUUUGCAUUUCGAGUGACGCUGUAUUCUUUGCCAAACAAAAAAAAAAACACGAUAACUAGCU